UGUUGUGUCUUCUCCAGACUCCUGUCCUCCCUGUCAGCUCUGCUGUCCUGCACUUUCAUCAUCUCACUCGUGUUUGCCAUCAUACCACUGUGUCACCAUGUGGUGCUGCUGUCCAUCGCCAUGGCAAUCGCAGGCAAAGCCAUGGGGUUAAUUGACACCAUCGCCAAUCUGCAGCUAGUGAAGCUGUACCAGAAGGACUCUGCCGUUUUCCUGCAGGCCCUGCAUUUCUUCAUAGGUCUGGGAGCGUUGGUCAGCCCCCUGGUGGCUGAACCUUUCUUGUCAGAGGACAGCUGCGUUGUAUUGUCCAACAGGACGACCAACUCCUCGUCUUCGCCUGACCUUGAGCACCUCCGCAGCAGCCUUGCUGGACAAGGAGUGGCAUUGCACAACAUGUCACAGUACCAUCUGUACACUGAAGGUGUCAUCAUCACAAGUGUGGCCUAUGCUUUCUGGAUUAUGGCUCUUAUCAAUCUCCCUGUGCCAGCAGCAGUGCUUGCACUCAUGUACCACGAGAGACUUCUGCCUUGCUGCAGGAAGAGUCCAUGUCUGCUAGAAAAGGACUCCCUGUCCAGCACGAGUCCUGCCGUGGAUCAUGUUGAAGGACACACGAGUGUGUUCGGUUGCUGUCACCCUGCCAAACUGCGGGGUCACCCUGCUACGUUCUUCAUCCUCCAUGCUCUAGGUGGAGCUAUCCUCUUCAUUACUGAUGGGAUCAUUGGUUCCUAUGCUGGUUUCAUCUACACCUAUGCAGUCUCCCCUCCCCUGCUCAUGGGUCACAAGGCUGCUGGCUGUUUGGACAGUGUAUUUUGGGCCGCCAUCACAUUAGGAAGGCUUGCUUUCAUCUACCUGUCCUGCAGAUACACGGCACCCAGGCUGCUCACCUUCAGUCUGGUGGGAGUCAUACUGGUGCAGUGUCUGCUGAUGAUCUUCUACACAAGCUCUGUGUUUCUCUUCUUCGGGACUUGUGUGUUGGGUCUGUGCAUUAGCAGUGUGUUUCCCUCCAUGGUCGCGUAUACAGAGGACUUACUGGACUACAAAGGUUGUGCCACAACUGUUCUGGUGACCAGUGCCAGCACGGGAGAAAUGAUGCUGCAGUUGAUUGUGGGAUCGGUGAUCCACAGUCACGGCAGUUACGCUUUCCUGUUGUGUUGUACAGUUGCCUCUUUCAUCGGUUUCUGCCUUCUCCUGCUGCUCAUAUUUGUCCAGCACGUCCACAGAAACGGCCACACAGAUUCACGGGAAAGCAUGAAUAUGAAAGAGAAUCCAUCUACGGGGGGCUCGUGACCCGAGACCAGAGGACACAGUGUGGACAACAAAGAAAGAUGAUAAGCUCAGAGAAAUAAAUGGACAUGCAGUCAUCUUACCCAGCAACAAGAUGCAGAGCUUCAUCCUGGCCUUGUCCAAGUAAACAAAGAGGGAGAGAUCUACUUUCAAGCCUGAUGAUCAACAAGCUGGAAGUGCAAUACAAGAUUAGAUUUUUGGUAAUGUGUAACUCACAUUUGGAUUCAAAUGACACUUGAAUGAAGUUUCGGAGGUAAAUUCUUACUGUGACA